AUGUCUCGAGUCUCAAAGCCGCUGUCGCUGUCCCGUAUAAGCGAUCUGACGCUCGGGGCGUUCAUAUUCGUACCCCAAUCUGAGACGAUAGACCAUCUGGUGCGGUACCUGGGGACAUGGAGUGGCAGCGAAACAGCUGUUCGACAGAGUUAUCAGUACUCACACGGCGCAAAGAUCAUUCAAUAUGCAGUCAAAGUGAUUGUUCCAUUACUGGAGCUUCGGGCGAGGAUCCAGCACCGCGCGGGGCUCCGUGCUAAGCCAACGAGCAGCGCUGCGGCAAGCUACUCCAAACUGGGUGGCAUCAUUGGUGAUGCUCGGACUCUGUGGAGGAUAUGGGGGCUCCUUCCGAUAAUUCAAUGGCUGGUAUCGCUGGAACGUAACCCUCAACCUACUAGAAGGCUUCUGAACAUUGAACGUUUGCAAGGAUGGUCGAUGCUUGCUUAUUACCCGCUCGAGCACCUCUAUUACCUGCUUUCGCAUUCCCUGAUCCCACCCACCAUCCCUUCGAUCAAAUCCAUCUUCUCCUCGACCGCGAAGCCAACGAAGUUAGAUCCAAAUGCUAUUGGCAUGUGGUCCACCCGCUUCUGGGCCUUCUACGUCUUCCUGCAAUUCGCGCACCUUCGGGAGGAUAGAAAGUUGCUUCAGGCAAGAGAACGUGCGAUCAGCAAGGCAAAGCGCGGACCUGGUGGUACUGGCAUCAGUGCGGCUGAGAAAAAGGAGCUCGGUGAUAGAUGGGACGCGUUUUGGAACGAAGUGGUGGUCAAUCUAGGAUAUCUGCCCCUAACUGUUCACUGGUCUUUAGAGAAAGGUUUCAUUAAGAAUGACUUCUGGGUCGGAGUCUUUGGCCUCAUCGCUGGAUUAGCUUCGUUCAGAGCUGGAUGGAGGGCGACAGCAUUACCUACCCCUUCUUCCCCUGCGCAAGAGGGAUCCGAAAAGGCGACUUCAGACCCCAGUUAUUAA